CUGUAAACAGAAAUGUGCCAUGGAGAGUCUGCGUGUACUCGAGCUGUACAGUGGGAUAGGAGGGAUGCAUUAUGCUCUCAAAGAGAGUGGCAUACAUGCUGAGGUCGUGGCUGCCAUCGACAUCAACACCACAGCCAAUGAGAUCUACACACAUAAUUACCCUGACACCCCCCUCUGGAACAAGACCAUUGAGGGAAUAACGCUAGAGGACUUCAAUAAAUUAUCUUUUGACAUGAUUUUGAUGAGCCCUCCUUGCCAGCCUUUCACCAGGAUAGGACUUCAGGGUGACAUUAAUGACCCCAGAACCAAGAGCUUCCUCUACAUCCUAGAUCUUCUGCCAAGGCUGUGCAGGCUGCCCCGUUACAUCCUGCUGGAGAAUGUGAAAGGCUUUGAGACCUCCGCUGCCAGGUAGGAAUGGAGG